GUCAAUUAGUCCGCGCCAUAGUUAUUCAAUUGAAACUUUACAUAUUACAUAGAAUGUUAGCGAGAAGCGCUAGAGAGAAAGAACGCGUCAAGUUGGAUGCGCGUAUUUUCGCUUGUUUUCAUACAAAAUAUAAUAAUUAUUAAUAACACUUUGAGCUGAAAGUCCCACCUCUCUUCGUCAAAAUUUAUCCAUUGUGUCAAUAGCAUUGGCAUACGCACGGAAAGCCCAGGUCCACAAAUAUUGCUGUCUUGUUUCGAUGUACAGCAGAUGAGAGAGAGAGAGAGAAAGCGCGUGGCUGUGUGUGCCAUCCAUUUGGUCGUUCGAGUUGGUUUAUUCUAGCGAUGAUAAAAUUAUCGUUUCCCAUAGGGAGUUACAAUUUCAACAUUGAAUAUGUAUACAAAAUGGUAAUACCAAAUAGUCGAGUGCUGGCCGUUUCCUAUGCUCUAAAAUAACAAAAUUAUACAUCCCACAAUCGCUCAAUCACACCGAAUACAUUCAUUCGUUCGUUCGUUCGUUCCUCCGUUCAUUCAUUCAUCUCGUACAGUUUUACGCAAGCCACACUACAUAUUGUUGGUCUAGUAUGCGUGUGGAAAAUUGUAUACACAAAAUAUAUGGGCCCACACACACAAUUAUACAUGCAUCCGGCAUCCCCGUCACUAGACUUAGAAAGUAACAAAACAACACCGAAAAUUUUCUCAUUUUCCCUGUCCCCCUCUUUCAGUUCGCCUUUCUCUUUCUAUCUAUCUAUAUCCCAUACGUGUACGAACGAAUGUUCGAUGCCAAUAGCUCUGGCUGACUGAGUGCAUGGAUCCUCGCUCACCAAUACACACACACACACACACACACACUGAGAGACAGAGAGAUAUAUUCGGUCGCACGACCGCACACACACCCAGCCCCGAUUGCAUGUGUUAAUUUGUUGUGGCAGUAUUUCUAUGAUCAGCUUACAGUGCUUACGGAGCAGAGCGCUUACAGGCAAAGCACAGGCUAUUUCAAUGUGCACACGUACGCUGCAGAGAAUAUAUUCUUUUCGUCACACAGCUGAAGCAGAAGGCGAACUUUUCUCUGUUAUUUCAGUCGUAGAAACAGUUAUCGUCUGACAACGCUCACGAGAUGUGUUGUUUUUUGUGUCGCGUGAAAAAAUAUUGUUUUUAAUUAUAAUAUUCAAAGUUAAAUAAGCAAAAGUUGUUUUUCAAACAUACAUAUACACCAGAAGCUAUUCGCAAUAUAUUUUUGUGGAAAUAAAAACUAUAUCACCUUACCGUUUUCGAUGCAUUUUUUUCUCUCAACACAAUUGAUUGAAAAAUUCGACAACUCUCAAACAGAUUUAAAGCGACGAUAUUGACGAUAUUUUUGGACAAUUUUUUUUCUUCUCUUCUUCGACGGAAUGAAAAUUCAUUGAUAAACAUAUGUGUGAUUUUCUAACUUGGUAACAAACCGAAGUAGAUAUAAACACUUGGCGAAAAGAGAUAAAAUACAUCAAUUGACUGUUGAAAGUGUAUUGAGUUUUGCAAAAAAAAAGAAAAGAAAAUUUGUGUGAAUCAAGAGUGAAACAAAGGAAUGGCCAUGUUAUUCACCGAUCAAAAUUCGUUUCGACACUAUCAAACGUCGCAAGGAGGAUAUGGUGGUGGCGGUCCAGCCAUGCCACCAUACAGCAUGCACGAUCAAUAUGCAAGAUAUGCAUACCCAGGUACGGCCUAUGCAAUCGGUGGACCACAUCAAAAUAACCGCGAAAUGGUCAAACCACCGUACUCCUACAUCGCUCUGAUUGCGAUGGCCAUCGAACAUUCAGCCGAUCGUAAAAUCACACUCAACGGCAUCUAUCAAUAUAUUAUGGAUAAAUUUCCGUACUAUCGCGAUAAUAAGCAAGGCUGGCAAAAUUCCAUCCGACACAAUCUUAGUUUGAACGAAUGUUUUGUGAAAGUGCCUCGCGACGAUAAGAAACCGGGCAAAGGCAGCUACUGGACAUUAGAUCCAGACUCCAACGGUAUGUUUGAUAAUGGCUCGUUUUUGCGACGUCGUCGCCGUUUCAAGAAGAAGGAUGCGGUCAGAGAAAAGGAAGAAACGAUCAAACGACAAGUGAUGAUGGAAGAAAAACUGGUCGAUAUUAAACCAAUCAAAUUGAUGUCAUCGAAUGCAGUUGUCGAUGCAAAGCAACACCAUCACUAUCAUCAUUUGAAACGAGAGCCAGGAUUGGAUUUAUCAUCGCAUUUGAUGUCAAAAGACAUGUUCACCACCAAUUCAAUUUUAAAUCCAUACGCAAGUGAAUCGAUUACUAGUCAGUUGGCCAAUGCUACUGAGCAUGGAUUCUCCGUUGAUUCCCUGAUGAAUGCUGGAUAUUCAUCGCGAAUUCAUCAUGCUUCGUAUCAUCAUGCAUCGUACCACAUCAACGACGAGAAUUUACAAUUACAAGCCAGAUUUCAUUCAAACUAUCACCACCAUGGCGGUUGGAAUCCACCAGAUACGCCACCCGAAUCGGUGACAAACAUCCCAACCUCAUUGAAUAACAACAAUAACCAUUCAAACGGCGGCAGUUCUCACGUAUCCAUAGGUGCAACAAAUAUCUCGAAUUCAUUGCUGGCCGCCACCACAAAUACAGCAAUCACGUAUCGUGAUGGUCAAUUUUUCGAUCAAAAUUGUCACCUGGACACGGCUGGCAGUCCAAAUGGUAGUCUAGCAUCGGCAAGCCCACCGUCGGUAAUUGGAGCUCACUCCGUCAAUCAUGUAAGCAACUAUAGACAACAUAUGGCUUAUUAUCAAGUUUAAAGUUCAUUUCGUCGGGCCGUAGAGUAGGCUUUGUCAUAACUCAAAAUUGGGUGUCUAAUAUUUGGCCAGAUGUCGUUAAUUAGGUCAUAUAUUAAACGUAUCAAUUGAAAAUAAAUUGCAAAAAAAAAAAAAUGAUAUUCCUCCCUGUCCACGGAGGACCUUUACUGAUUAGUAGAAAAAGUCGAUCGCAAACAUAUACAUACAACAAAAAACCGAUGAAAUCAUCAAAUCAAUUUAUAAAAUAAACAAACAAUAGUAUGUCGAUGAAACUGUAGAAUAAACAACAAAAGGAGAAUAAUAGGAAAGAAGUGUGAUGAAAACAUGUGCGCCACGCGGCCACGCGAUCGUUUGAAUAUUUCAUUGAGACUCGGGCUAAACAUUUUCCCGCAAACGGAUAGAACACACAAAUCAAGAUUAUUCCGAACGAUUUUUGGCGGCACUUUUUACAAGCAUUAAAUGGUAUCGAACGAAAGUUGAGAAGAAAAGAUAUUAAUAGUUUACCUUAUGCAAUAAAUUGAUCACCUUUAAAAUAAGUCAUGAUAAAUACAAUGUAAAUAAAUCCACGUAUUCGCAUUCCUCAUACAAAUGUAAGUAGAAUUGAUAAGCUAUAAAUUAUUGCUAUUACACACACACACACAAAAUCACCGCAUAUUAUUCAAGUUGACCCAUCAAGCAUUAUCUCAUAAAUUUAGCAUAAAAAAUGGCGUUUGACUAAUGUGACACAAACCCCACUAAGAAGAAGAAGUAGAAAAACCCCAAAAUUUCAAACUCUGAAGAUUUUAGUCACGACAAAAAAUUAUUCAUAAAAAUGUGUAAUUGUAUUGGUAGACGAAACCCUAUCUCAAAACAAACAAA